AUGGACUCUGAACAUAUGUUCAUCCGUAUUUCGACGUUUCUGUAUACAGCAAGAACACAAAGAAGCACCGGCUUGCAACUCCUGGGGCGCGUGAGUAAAGCGCCGCAGCCACUCAACUUGCCGUCUUUACGGAAGGAGAAUGAUGGACUUGACCCUACAACACAGAUCGUUCCCGCUGGUGGAACAGGAUGGGGGGCCAAGAAUCCGGAUGUAGCUGAGCCGAUAACCGAGACUGUGCAUGUGCCACAGCCAAGCAGCGCUAAGGAACCAAAACUCUCAGACUCUGCACCGAAAUCUUUGGACGAAAUACAGCGCGAACAAUCCCGUGAGAAGGUCGGACGUCCGCGUCAAAGCCAUCCUCUGCCGUCCGCGCGAAAUGAUUGGAGGAUGCUGUCCGUUGGCGCGCGCUCACAAGAUCCCCUGGAAAGUGCGUCUACAGGAGGCGAUACACGGGGCUCUGCUUUCGGUGGCGCAAAGCAGUACGGCUCCAAGCCGACAGGGCCUUAUGGAGGUAUGGGCUCUGGGAUGAUGAGUGGCAGACGACCAGACUUCCCGGCGUUGGGUGAGCCGGAAAGUGACGCAUUCUUGCAAUCACGAGACGGUGUGGGUAGGAGUGCAAGUGCUAGUGGCCAGUAUUACUCGCAACCGCAACAAGCGGGAGGAAGGACUGCCAGUCAAUCGCUUUUACGGCGUCACGCAGGAGAUUCCAAUGGCAACAUGAACUACACCCAAAGAGACAGGGAAUGGGACCGGUACUCGCCCCAGACGCAAGGUGUACGACGGGGAACAAGCCCAUACAAUACCCACUCACAACCGCACUCACGCCCUCCAUCGUCCAACUCUGUGGCCAAUAUCUCGUCGCUUGCACACACGGCGAAUGAAGAGUUGCUUAGAGAGAUUGAGCAAGACUUGCAGGAGGACAAGAAGGAACAAAGUACCUGGGCCGUGGACGGAGAGAUGGACUUUGCGGAUCAAGAUCUGCUGAAGAAUCUGCUGCAUAUCAGAGGGGCCACAGAUGUGAGCGAGCGAACGGAGACCACCGAGAGUGCUGGCGACAAAGCCGAUGACACUACAGAAGAAGAACAUCAACCCGCUUUUACCGCGCCUGAUGUACUGGACAGGGACGUAGAGGGCAGUGAGUCACCCGACGAGCCGACACCGGCAAACGAUAACAAGGAGAGUCCCAGCACAGACAGGAAAGACGACGCUGAGAGCAAGCCUGUCAUGCCCGCACUUCUGAAGAGAUGUACACCUGCGCCAUCUUCACUGACUAAGAUGGAGGUGCUGGGGCGACCUGCACAGGUGAAUGAUAGUGCGGAGGACAGCGCGGCUGCGGGUGAAGCGCCUGUGAGCCAAUCCGAGCCGCUGGAGAGGUUGCCGUUCGUCAGUAGAGCCGCUGUAGGUGGUGGGGGCAUCGUGACUGGUGGGAACGCAGUGUUGGGCAAUUUGGGCGCCCCAGUACAUGCGCCUGUGGUGCAGCAAGCGCCUGCGCCAAAGCCCGCGCCUGUACCCGCAUGGAGUAAGAAAACGACUAUCCAGCCGAUUAGUUUGAAACAGCUAGAAGAGGAGGCCAGGGCAGAGGCUGCCCGCAGAAACACCAUGGUGGGAUACAAUCACAUGCACAGCCAGAGGAAUGCCGACGUCCGUUUGACUGAGAACCGUAAUGCCGACAUCCGAAAACACGCCCCUCCCGCCGGCUGGGCGCCCGUUGUACUGCCGUCUGAGCGUGCCGCUGCUGCUGCCGAAGAGAAACGCCAGGCCGCCCAGGCUGCGAAGGCUGAGAAGGCUGCGGAGGCUGAGAAGGCUGCGGAGGCUGUGGAGGCUGCGAAGGCUGUGGAGGCUGCGAAGGCUGUGGAGGCUGCGAAGGCUGUGGAGGCUGCGAAGGCCGUCCAGGAAGCGAGUGACGCCGCCUCUAAGGCCAAAGACACACUGGCAGUGAGUGCAGCAGAUGAGCCGCGUUCAGUAAGCCCUUCCUCGGCAUCCACUGACGAUCGGGUGCCGUCACCCGCACGACCGCACCUGGACUGGGCCGAGGCUGUGGAGGAAGAGGUGGCGGAGAAGCAAGCCAGAGUGAUCACUGCACAGCAGGAGGCGGAGUAUGCGGCGAACCUUGAGCAGGAGCAAGCAAAGAUCAUGCACGAGUCCAACAUGCGCGCACGCCAGCGCAAACAAGAGAACGAGGCAGCGGCAGAGGCCGCUAGGAAGGCACGCGCCGCCGCAAAGCUACUGGAACUAGAAAAAGCAGCGCAAGCAGAAGAAGAUGCCAAGAACGCCGCCGUUUCAGCCGCAGCGCAAGAUGCACAGAAGCACGACACACGAACACAUGGCAAUGCUUACACACACACGAACACGCACAAACACGCAGAUGGAUCUCAGGCAGCCCCGACACGCACACGCACAUACUCGCAAUCGACUGCAACCAAUGUGACCGUUGGUCCCUCGCGCGAUAUUGAUAGCCUAGGGAGCUGGCGAAAUAGUAUGGUUACUAAGCAACAGGCGUCGGAGGAGUACAAUCACGGGUACACACCCGGGCCUGCGAACAAGGACAUGAAGGUUUCGCGCAUACAUCAGCGACCACAGGAGGGUGCUGGACUUAUCGGAAACGGCCCGGCUGCACAGGGUGAACAGCGUGCGUCCGAGAAUGCGUAUGCGGAGAGGCAGGGAGAGGCACAGGCAUCUCCUGCACACCCACACCCACACGCGAUGGGUCAACGCCAGUCUAUGCCGUUGUAUGGGCGCGGUGCAUAUGCGCCAGGCCCGAAACACCAACAGCACCAGCACCAGCACCAGCAACACCAGCAACAGCAGCAACAGGGACAGUAUGCACCCCAGAACUCGCAGACGUAUGCCGGCCGUAUGUCGCAAGCCCAGGCGCAGACUCAUCAGCGUGCAAGUGCACCCCCGCAACAGUACCACAUCAUGCACAGGCCGACCCCCUCGCCAGAGACGCAGGAGAGAGAGGCAGCGAGGAAUGGGCACGCGGCCUCCCGCCAUAGCAAUAGCGAUAACACGGCAUCACAGGCUCAGGCUCGGAAUGCGGAUGGGGAGGCGAGUAGACCUCCAGUCUUGCUGAGGCACGAGUCAGUGCCCGGUGGAAAGGACGCGGCCAAUGGAGAGGGUUCAGCUGGCAAUGCGGCGGUGGCCACUACCAAGCCCGGACAGUACACGCAGACGGGUAUGUCUAAUCGAGAGGCACAGCGCUUGCAGAAGCAGCAGCAGAGAGAGGCACGCCUACAGGCCCGGCAACAGAAGAAUAUUGAGAUUGAGAAGAAGCUUCUUGCGCAGCAACAAGACCAAUUAGCGCAGCACAAACGACUGCUGACUGCUCAGGCCAAGUUGCAGAGGGCUCUGGAGAAUCUGGAAAGCUAUGUGCGCAAGCCCAUCAUCUUCGUGGACGCGGCUCCUGAAGAGUCGGUUACGGAUCAAGAGAAGCCGCGCCAAGUACUAUUCCGCAUGCCACCGGCAAAGUCGUUCGUUGCCGAUCUACUGUCGAGUGCGGUUAACACGGACGCAGUUGUCGCGCGCGCUGAAACGGGCACGCCUACGCCCGUGGUUGUGCCCGUUGCAAAAACCAAAGCCGUGUCCGCCGCUCCGCCGGUCACUGAUACCGCUGAGAGUAUCGCAGCGCAUGCAAGUGGUUCAGAGAGUGAAGGGGAGGGGGGUAGUGCGCAGGCGCCCGCACACUCGCCAUUGGUGGCAGGAGUUGUUCUGAUUGGUCACGAGGGCCAGACCGGCAUUGACUAUGGCGAUGGCGAGGAUGGCGGUGCCUUCACAGAGGUGGUGUCGAAAUCCAAGCUAAAGAAGGAGAAGAAAGAGGAGAAAGAGAACACAAUCAAGAAACGGGACUCACAGAACGUUGUAUCUCGCAGCAACUCUCUCUCCACCGGUCACGCUAACAACGAACCCAGCCGAAUCGCCAAUGCCUCUCAUACUAUCCAGGCACAUGCCAGACGGAGUGGCAGGGAUAGCCCUGCCUCCUUGUUGCCAACUGUAUUGGCCCCAACGACAUCAUCUGCGGCGUCUGCGCCGCUGCAGUUCACAGUGCGCCUCCGAAUGCCGGGCAUGAAGCACGCGGUCACAAACAGACAGCCCGUGGACAAAGCGGGGCCGAAUGCGGGACGGGUGUCCACCCCAACGCCCACGGAAUCGCAUGAGAGCCUCGACAAGAGGCCCAGUAAGGGUGGCAGUGAGAGGCAGUACAUCACAAAACAACACAACAGCGGCGCGCAUACACAGGUGGCCGCGGCAAGCUCCAGCUCGCCUGUGAACUCGCCACCCACACGCAGGUCGGUACAUACAUCGGUGGCUACGGGGAAUGCGCGACAGCAGCAACAGACACACGCCCAACAGGCUCAGGCCCAAGCCCAGGCGCACGCCCAGGCCUAUGCACAGCAGGCUCAAUCGCUGUCACAGCCACGGCCGAACUCCAGCAACAGUGCCACACCGAGGCAACCGCCUAUCAAUGCGAACGCUUGGGCACAACCCCUGCGGCUGCUGACGCCCUCGCCCACGCCCACGAGUGUGUCUGCUACGCCCAAUCGUGGAAUAAAUGUGAGCGGUGCUGCGACUGAUGUGGGGUCUGCUGCCGGUGACAAAGGCGUCAGUGCAGUGACCGAUGCUGACAAGCUCGUGCAAUCGCAGGCACGGGCUGGCACGCAUUCGCAGCCACAGGUGACUGCGCAUGGCCCCCCCGUGCAGACGUCUGGAGCGCGCAUGUCGAGGAAGGAGAGCAAGACACUGGCUGCGCUGGAAGCACGGGCUGGCAAGCCUACCACCCAAGAACCCACAAGAGACACCCACCGUUCACCCCCAGCAACACAUCAGCAGCAGCAACACAGAGACAAUCACGCGGCAAUGCUCAGUGGCAGCUCGAGAAUCUACGCCAACCUUAGCGACAGCCAACACUCGCACAGAAACACGCCAACAGCCGCUGAUACUCAGCAGGUCCGUCUCGACGCUGACGGCGCGGGCAAGCACCACAACAGCGUACCUACAACGCCGCGCUCAAGUACGCGUACACCCCGCGCGCAACAACAGCGAAGUGGUGACUCGACGAAUAUAAUGCUCUCUAGCCAUGGCGUGGCGACCUCCACUAUGAUGGCCGCUAAGGCCGCGUGGGAGCGGGCGGAUCUGUCAGAGUCUCGUUUUAUGGGAGGUUUCAAUAGCGGGAUCGGCAUGGGUAUUGGGAGCAUCGGCAUAAGCCCAAGCCACAGCAUAGCACAACAGAGCCCGAGUUUACGACACGAAACAACCGAGGAGGAGAAGCUAUCCGAAGAGAGCGCGGCUACUGAACUGAUGAAUGCUACAAUUCUGCGCUCACCGUCCAUGCGAGCCCAGAAUAAAACAGACGGAGCUGUACCUGCAAUCGCAAAUCGGGAUAGGAAUAACAAGACAAACCCAAAGUCAGCCGUGAGCACGAGAGCGAAUCGUUUGAGUGUAGAUGAUGGCGGCACAGGUGCUCUGGAGUCAGGCAAAGGUAUCGCAAAAGACAACAAGGGUAAUGGAAGGAAAGACAGCAACGCAGGUACGAAUGAGAAGCCGGCGGCCAACAAGAAGAAACCCGACCGAAACCGCAACAACAGUGUGUCGGAAGACCCCGCAAGCAAGGGUGCAGCGAUUGUGAGGGGUGCUACUAAGAAUAAAGACAGGAAAAGCGGCGACAACACCGCGCAAACACCAAUUGUACGCGGGAAGGGGGAAGUAAAGGGGGACAAGGUCGGAAAGCCCAAGCCAGGCGCGCAGAACUCUACCACCAAUACCACCAGCGGGAAUGGGGGUGCAAGCGUAAACGUGAAAGAGGGUAAAGGUCGGAACAAGAACACUAGAGCGUCCGCCGACGACGUGAAGAGCAAGCACGCAGGCGACACAGCGCCAAGCGGCAAGGCCGGUAUAGACAGUGACAAGCACACAGGUGCCCCGAGAGGCGCUGGUGCCUCGGGAAAGACUGGGGGAUCUGCCGUUGCUGUUGUUAUGGAAACGAACAUAGUCGGUGAAGUCAAAAGUGUGAGUACGGAAGCGAAGGGCGACGAUACAGGUGACGUUCCGGCAGCGAUCCCUGCAUUGGCUACGACACAAUCGCCUGCUGCGGGAGACAAAGACGAGACAUCAUUGAAACAGGCGCAGCUACACGCGCAACAGCUGGCCUCGGAAUCGAUUGCGAGGCAACAACAACAACAACAAUUACAGCACCAGUAUCAACAGCAUCAGUAUGCAUCGCAGCAACAGCAACAUCAGGUGUACAGCGGCCAGCAGCAGCAACAACAGCGACCUGUCUUGGAACCUUACAGCCCUACUGGUGGUUCUUCUCCGUAUGGGAACGUCUUCAUGCCGUUUAUGUACCAACCGUUUGUUAGUCAGUACGGGCUGAACAACUACUCGCAUCAGCACCACCAACAAAUGCACAGCAAUGUGAAUGUCCAUGGACAUCCCUUGCAACACAGUGGGCAGGUACACACGCUCGAUGCACACGCGCACCCAAGCUUGGGUCUGGGCCUGGGGCCUAGCGGGUAUGUGAGUGUCAACAAUACAAUAAAUUCACAAGUGCAAGGGAUGCCCACAGGCUUCACAACAACGACUGAUGGCACUGCUGUGGUCGAGGGCUGGAGAUCAACUGUCCCGGGCGAGUCUAUAGGAGCUCAACCACAUGCCAAUACGGACCUGAAUGCACUCGGCGGAAACGUACAGCAACAGGUAGGUACAGCCGAUGGCAAGGAUGUCACUACUACUUUCGGGACGAAGAAAUUUGCCAGGGGCCACGCAAGUGUACUUGAUCCCACCCAAUUGGCUGGACGCCAUGCACAGUUGGACUCACAGACCGUAAGCGAUAUCUCCUCAGCCGGAAAUUCCGCACUGGCAGCCAAUGACUCUAGUAGGCGGAAGGGUAAAGGAAAGAAUAGUAAGUCCGCAAGUGCGAAUGUUGCGGCGAAAGCAGAGAACGGUGCGACGGUGGCAGACAGCAGUCCGCGAAGUGCGGGUAAUGUCAUAGCUGUUGAGGGGGUCAGUGAUGACCUUGGACAACAGGCUCUGUUGCUCAUGCAGCAGCAGCACCAACAACAGCAACAGCUUUUGCUGCAAGCACGGCAAGCCCAAGCACAUGCUCAGUAUGGAGCGAGUGUUGGUCUGGGUGAGGGAGCCGAUGUUUAUAGGCAGCUACCGUCUCAAGUACAGCAACAGCAACAGCAGCAACAACCAACUUAUGGGUUGGGCUGGCAGCAGCAGAUGGAGUUUGCCCGUCAGUUACAGGCACAGCAGAGUAUGGCGCACUCCUGGGCCCAGCAACAGGCGCAGGUGCGAGCACAAGCCUUGGCACAGCACCAACACCAACUGCAGCAGCAGCAAAGGGGUUCCACAGACGUGGACAGUGUCUCCGCAAACGAGAGUGUGGCCCCGGGUCGCAUCUCUCCUGCGAUAGCCCCGGGUGCGAAUGCCAAUACCGCGCUGCCUGCAACAGAAGUCAAUAGUGCUGCCAGCAGAGCCAUCCCCAUCUCGGGGUCAGAUGCACGGUUGGUAAUGAAUAGCUCCAGAAACAUGCACGGGGUAUCCGGCGCUGUGGACAUGAUGAGUGCAGGUAAGCAUGCACGCGAUGUCCCUGGUUCCGCCAUCUCUAUGGCGGCGUAUGUAAACGCUGCACCCUUCUCCCCAUCGUUGACUACCGGGUUUGGUGCGCCGGCUGUGCACCAGAAUUCUGAUACAGGUGCAGACCCCGACGCCGAUCGUCAGGGACCUGUGCUAGGCGCAAACGGUGGCGGUAAGGAUGGAGUUGUCGGUGGAGUUGGUAUGAAUGCGAAUGCGCAGAUGAAGAAGAACGCCAAGGGUGGUGGUAUAGGCAGUGUAGAUCCAACAAGCGCCGAAGCUGUGUCCGCUUUGUUGGCCCAGAGUCCCGCUGGUUUGAAUGUAGGUGCGUCCAUGUACCCUGGCAGUGCCACUGCGGCCAGUGGCGCUUUAGAACUGGAGGAUGGGACAAGGGGGGCCUCGCGUCAGCAGCAGCAGCAGCAACAGGAUAUGCAACAGCUGCAACGGAGAGAGCAACAGCAGCAGCAGAGUUAUGCACGUGGAGGUGUGGGAACUGUGAAUCCAUAUAGUCCACAGUCCAACACCACCAAGCAGCAGCAACAGCUACAGAAUGCUGAUAGGCAUAUAGCCACCCAACGUCAGCAGCAGCAGAAGGGUAGUCUGGGAGGGUAUGAUCGAUAUCACGAUGAGUUUCAUGGCGCUGGCAUGGGUGCCAAUCAUGGUGCACAGAUGACACACGCGAAGUCUGGGCAUGGAGACGUAUCUAAAUCGUCGAAUGGUGGUACACCACUGGUUGGUACUGCAGGUAGUAGAGCGGACGGACAGCAAACGGUGAAAAAUGGCCUCAGCAAUGCCACAACGGGCCAAAACUCGGCUGCUAAGGCCAAUAGCUCGCCUACGAACGCAGAACUCACACACCAAUUGCAGGUAGAAGCCUCGCAGCAAUAUCAGAUGCAACGGCAAUUGACUGCAUUGCAAAAUCAGCAUCAAUACCAACGGGCGCAGUUGGAGAUCCAACAACAGUCACCUAGUCUAUCCACCUAUCAAGCUGGCUUCCAACAGGAGCAGCUGUUGCAACGGCAACAACAGGAGAUUGAUCAGAUCAAAUACACACAGUACACUCAGUUCAGACACCAGCAAGCCCAGGCACACGCCCAAGCAGUGGCCCAAGCCGAGGCACAUGCUCAAGCACAGGGUAUGGGUGGAGUCAGUACCUCUCCUCAACAAGCGCGUCAAUUGCAUCAGUCGCAGCAGCAACUGCAGAAACAGACGCAACAGCAAGCACAGACCCAACAACGCUCUCAGUUGCAACAAUUGCAGCAACAGGGUCAGCAGGACUUCAACGCUCGUCAGCGAGCAGAGGCCGCCAAGCAGCACCAGCAGCAACAGCAGCAGUACCAGCAGAAUAAGAUGCGAUCGUUAGCCAUGAGCGAGCAGGCCCAGGCACUGAAUCUCACUCAAGGUCGUGCUGAUGCGAAGGGCGAUGCGGGAUACAGCAACCAACGCGGUUCUAAAGAGGCAAUCACCAAGUCGCAGCAGAGAGUCGUAUCACAACGACCACAGCAGGAGAUAUACCAGGCGCCGCAACAUCAGAACACACAAGCUCAGCUAGCUCACCAGCCGUUUCAGACGGCGCAAUCGGAUUCGCGAUCGAGCGGAAAGAAAGCCAAUGCCGGGUCGCGUGCGGAUGUGGCCGUUGCACCGAGAAGGGAGAGGGAUGGCGACAAACCUAAGAAUGCAACUCCUGCAGUUAAGGGUAAAAAGCAGUCGCACAAGCAAGAGGGCCAUGCCAAGCAAUUUGACAACGAGGACGAUGGCAGCAGUAGCGGUGUCAACUCCAAAGAGAAGCCGCAGACGAAGCGUGGAGUGAAUCUGAACAAUGGAGCGGACACAUCCGGUGCAACACCGAAACAGAAGGAGACUGAACAGGGUGACUCAAAGGAGAAUGCAGGUGAACAGCAGCUUGGCUCCCAAAACAAGAAACCGUUACUGUCUGCCUCUGGUGAGACACUAACGCAUGGAAACACUGGCAAGUCUGGUAGUGGUACUCAGCGAGCUGGAAUUCCUCAUACCAAAGCGUCUGGUCGGGGGAGUAAGACCCGUUCACGCGGUGGCAUGAGUGAUAGCAAGCGAUCACAGGAAAAGAGCGCAGCUGCGUGCACCAACACGGGCGAAGAUGAGGCUCUUAGUAAAUCUGGUGCCGGGACUAAAGCAGCUGGCACCUCUAUGGGUGGUGGAUUCACAUCGAGAAAGGGUAGUAAGGGCUCGAACACCAAUCGCAAUAACAGGAGUACCGGAACUCCGGACUCUUCAAACGUGAGCAUUUCAGAUACCGGUGCUGCUACACCUGCUGGCAGUAGUGCUAGUGCUUCGCAGAGGGAGAAGGGGCACCAUGGUAACGCGAAACGACAGGCACGUAAUUCAACACCCACACGCGGUGGGAAAACAUCACGUGGCGGCGGCUCGAAACGGAAUAGUACGACGAAUUCGGAAGUUAAAUCGUCUUCUACGGCAGAUAGUACUCAAAUGUCUACUGGCGAAGGCAAGGAAAAGUCAAGGGACACCGAAAAUUAAACGAACUUUGUGCAUCUCACACCUACUCGCACCUAUCGUUGAUGAACCAUGCGGAAUGUGUAAGAAAGGAGGAGUUGUUAUAUGACGCACACCAGUGAGUUAUUGAAUACAAUGAUGUCGUUCUCAG